UGGGAAGAUGCUUCCUUGCGGAGAGCGCAGAGCUGAAGCAUCCCAUUCAUCCUCUCGCAGCAAGUGCAGCCGGAGCCGCGAUCUGCACGUGUGAGCUCACAGCUGCCCCUGGAGUCAAGGAGGCAGCCUGCAAAGUGCAUGCCGGAGGACCUUUAAGUAUGCCUUAAAAAAGUCUCCCUGCCAUUCCAGGACAUUGCUUUUGGAUUAAGCACUGAUGUUCUACAGCUUUCAAAGUUGAUCCCAAACCCACCACGUAUCCUGCAGGAGAUGAACUACUCCAGCCCAAGUUGGAUUAACCAGGUGCUUCUAAUGGAUUGAUCUUUAGUAUCAGAGGAGGAUAUGGCCUUUACUCAUUAUAAUAACUCGGUGAAGCUCCAUCUGGGGAUAACAAAGAUGAGUGUGUGGCUUGGGAGCUGCAGAAUAAUGUUUCUCCUUCCUGCCCUGCGCCUGGUUUUGCUUGCCCUGCUGUGGAAAGUGACAGACUGUAGAGUGACAAUGGACACCAUACAAAGGUUUUCAUCCCUCCCUGUAUAUUUACCUGUAAACUACCAUAUCUGCAAUGCCGAUGUCUCUUUCUUCCUUAAAGAGGCCAACCAGGACCUCACAAAGAACUCCAGUCUGCAGUCUCGAACAGAACCAAUCUUUCUAUACAAAGCCAGUGUGCCACCAGGGAUAAACGCCACGUAUGGACCUUAUUCAGCAGAACAAACAGUACCUCGAAAUUUGAUUUUAACCUCAAACACUUUCAGUUCCACCAAUAAAUUCACAUUUAACUGGCAGUUAAGGUCCCAUAUAAUCGAAAGCUCCAUAUAUUCAAAUAAACCAAAAGUACAGGUGUUGUUUUAUAUAGCUGGAAAAGAAUGGAAUGACUAUACCUCAACUGAGGUUUUACCAUGUGUGAAGAUGAUUGCAGUUUUGGACAGUAGGGAGCUUUCAUCAAGUUGUAGACUGAAAGGUAAUUUAGGACUUUGUGUGGCAGAACUUGAGCUCUCAGCCAGUUGGUUAACAACUUCCCUACCUCCCAAGGAUCCUAAUGAUUCCUCUCCACCCCAAGGAGUCCCAGUUGAACUCCACCAAGUCAUCUAUACCACUGGUGAAAACGAAGAGUGUUCCACUGAGGAAAUUAAAUGGACGAAUAGGAUUCACUCAAAUAAAGACGAUAGUCAAACAUUCUCAUCAGCAAUGGAACGAAUUGGCAGUGUAAUUGUUUACCCAACUCAAGACACUCUGAGAGUAUCAGUACUUAGACUGGAUAACAAUAUUCUUAUCCGUUUUCCCCAAAGUCCAGUGAAGGUUGGGGACAUCGUGACAUUUUUUGUUUCAAUGGUUGGAGGCUCAUCUACACAUCAGUUCAUGUUGAGGGUUAAAGCAGCACUCGGAGCUAAAGUUUUAGCUGUGAGAGUCGAUGACCCUGAACAGUGGGUAGUACGGAAACAGAUCGAACAUGGUGAGAAGCACACAAUGGCCACGCUAGUCUGUGUGCGCCAGGGUCCUUUGUUCCAGAACAGAGUCAACGAUUCGUUGUAUGAAAUUCUACAAAUGGACUUUGAAAUGGACAUCGGAAGUGGCUUGGCUGGAGCCCAGCAGAUUACAUGGCAGGUGGAAUACCCAGAAGAAGAUUCUGUCAGUGAACUAAUGAUCUCUGAAAUCUUUGUCAGCCAAACAACAUUUGCAGGGAUUGUGCCUCUGGCCAUGGACACUGAACUUCUUAACACAGCCAUCUUGACAGGAAGGGCAAUGUCUAUCCCUGUGAAGGUGGUAGCUGUACAGGAAGAUGGCUCUGUGAUUGAUGUGUCUGACUCCACCGAGUGCAAGUCAGCAGAUGAAGAUGUCAUAAAGGUCUCAGACAGGUGUGACUCUAUUUUUGUCAACGGGAAGGAAAUGAAAAGCAAAGUGGGCACCAUUGUAAACUUCACCUACCAGCAUAUCACCACCCAGCUGGAGGUGACUGUCUGGGCUCCGAGACUUCCUCUGCAGAUAGAGAUAUCUGACACUGAACUCAGCCAAAUUAAGGGCUGGAGGAUCCCUGUAAAUAUAAAUAAACGACCAACACGGGACAGUGAAGAUGAAGAAGAUGAUGAGAAGAAAGGACGUGGAUGCUCUCUGCAAUACCAGCAUGCAAUGGUCCGGGUUUUCACUCAAUUUGUAGCAGAGUCUUCUGAUGUUGGAGGGCAGCUAACCUAUAUGCUUGGGUCUGAUUGGCAUUUUGACAUCACUGACCUUGUGAGUGACUUUAUGAAGGUAGAAGAACCCAAAAUAGCUACACUGGAAGCAGGGAAGGUUCUUGUUGGACAUGAACAAGGAAUAACAACAGUACAGGUUCUCUCUCCAAUGUCUGAUUCCAUCCUGGCUGAAAAAACUGUCACUGUGCUGGAUGAUAGAGUAGGAAUUGUAGAACUUGGAGUUCAACUUAUCACCGGACUCUCACUGUCUGUGCAAUCAAGCAAAGCAAACAAGAAAGUGCUUGUUACAAGCACAACAGCCAGUGAUAUCCUGCACGACUUCAAGCAGGAGGCGGUGAUCAGUGUGUGGACCCUGUUUAGUGAUGGCUCAGUAACGCCACUGGACAUUUAUGAGAGCAAGGACUUCUCAGUUGUGGUGUCUUCACUGGAUGAGAUGGUAGUAUCAACAUAUCAAAAUCCUUUGUCUAACUGGCCAGUUGUAGUUGCAGAGGGUGAAGGGCAAGGUCCAUUAAUUAAGUUGGAAUUAGGUAUAAGUGAAAUUUGCCAAAAGUCCAAGAGGAAGAGCAGCCUUGCAGUUGGAACUGGAACCAUUAAAGUUAAAUUUGGUCAAAAAGAUUCCGACCAAAAAGGAAAUAUUAAUGAAAUCCGCAAUGAAGAUGAAGAGUUUAAAAAACACACAAGCAAGACAACGGAGAAGGCUGCUGAACAAGACAGGGCAGUAAACGAAUGGCCUAAGCAUGGAACAUCUUUAAUAAAUUUGGAUGAUAAUGUUAACAAAAAUUCAACAUCUGAUUUACCAGAAGACUACCAAAAGAACUAUAACGAUGGACAUAUACAUAUUAUUCCCAUAGCAUACACCAUAUUUCCUACACGAAUUGUCUCUUCAGAACGCAAUCAGGGGAGUGAAUUUACACAGCCAUCACGGGGGUUAACAGACUUGGAAAUAGGCAUGUAUGCUCUUCUUUGUGUGUUUUGCCUUGCAAUUUUAGUCUUUUUAAUAAAUUGCGUGGCAUUUGCUUGGAAGUAUAGACAUAAAAGAUUUCCUGUGGCUGAUCAGACCAAUAUUCCUCAUUCUCAUGACUGGGUAUGGCUUGGAAAUGAGGUGGAAUUGUUAGAGAACCAAGCAGAUAUUCCCCUACCAGUUGAAGAGUGCACUACCAUGAUUGACAGGAGGUCAGAGUUUGAAGAGAGCAAUUUUCUUCUCAAUGGAAGUUCCCAAAAGAACCCAUACAGUCAAAUUAUUAGACCAUCUGAUUAUACUUAUGAAAAAGAAGUCCAAAGUGAGCCGUUAAACCCAGGAGGAUCUAAAAGGAAACGUGUAAAAUUUACAUCCUUUACCACUAUCCUACCUGAAGAGGGAGGUCCAUAUACCAAUGCGGUUAUUUUUGGAAAUGAAGAAAAUAUUAAGUGGGUUUGUCCAGAUAUGAACCUUGGGGAUUCACGGGAGCUUAGGGACUACAUGGAUAGCCUCCAGGAAAAUGUGUAACAUAUUUUACAAUGUUUAUAUUCACCUUUAUGCCUUGUUUGUUUGUUUUUUUUUUGCUUUGUAUUCUUUUGGGGGUAGCACUAUCCAUUCAGCAAUAGGGGAGGAAUGAAAAUCCUUCAUGUUUAUGAUUGACAAUGCCGCCAACACAUUGUUUGAGUCUGAAACAAAAAAGUGCACAAAAAUAAUUGAUUAAAGUAAUUUAUAUCAUAAAA